AUGGCCAGUGCAGUGGUCUUCUCUGCCACCAUCCUCCUCUUGGCAGUGGCCGUAGUAUUUGCCUCCGUCUCCUGCGCCUCACACCCAUUGACGGCUGCGGAGGCAACAGACCACGCCAUCACCAAGGAGAAGAGCAACCUGCUACAGGUGCACAGUGACUAUGACAAGGAGAUGGAGGAAGCCAAGGCCACCAGGGGUCAACGAGGCAGUGCCACCGAAAAGAUGACGAAUUUGGUAUCCGCCGAGGAGGAAGGAAAGAAGACAGGAUCCUAUUGGGGCAAGGCAAGGAAGCUAGACGAUGACGAUGAUUCAGAUCACGGUUCGGACUCAGACCGUGAUCAGGAUCACGAUUCGGACUCGGACCAUGAUCACGAUCACGAUUCAGACUCGGACCAUGAUCAUGACUCAGACUCGGAUCAAGCUCAUGAUCACGAUUCAGACUCGGACCAUGACCAUGAUCGUGAUCACGAUUCAGACUCAGACCAUGAUCAUGAUUCAGACUCGGACCAUGAUCAUGAUCACGAUUCGGAUUCUGGUAACAAUGAUGAUGACGACCACAACUCGAAGAAUGAAAGGAAGAAGAAGCAUGCAGCUCAGGGGAGGAAGGGAGCUCCAGGUGGUAAGCAGUAA